UUCAGGUGCUAGUCUUCCUAAACAUCCCAUGACGGUCGUACCGAGCCCGUAUAUGUCGACCUUCGAGCGUCUGCUUACCACUCUGUCGUACGAGAGCAGCGUUUCACGCAAGAGUAGACUGACGCCAAAAGAGGAGAUAACAAGUUGAGGAGGCGAGACAAUGGAAAGGACGAGCGCAGGUAAUUGGCCAUAUGGCACCUUCUAUCCUAAUAAUUCGAGAAGUGGAAGCAAAACACCGUGUCUGGGAUGUCAGUGGAAUCAGCAAGGAGAGACAAGUUGGACUUAUUCGGGUCUUCGGAUUCCACAUAAGGCCGUCCGGCGUGGAUGAAGGUGCCGAGAAGGGAGUGGUAUCGCAACCUCGAGCUUUACCACCUCGACAACCGAAGGACUUCUUGCCAUACAUGCGGUGGCAGAAUCAUGAAGCUUGCUAUACUGGAGGGUAUUACUCGCAGACAUAUUCGAUUGUCCGCACCGACACUCGUCGACACCGUAACACGCAAUGUUCAGCCCAAAACGACCCAAGGGAGCGCCUGCUGCGUUGAAUACACCAGCUGAUGGUAUUCCGUCAGCACCAAACCCCGGAACUGAACGAGCACGGACGGAGCGAGCGCCUUACCGCCGUUUCUUCGGGAACCCGGGUGCUACAAUAGUUCGAUAAUAGUGAGUAAAUACAUAACCCC